AUGAAUUCUGUCUUCCAUGAUAUGAUAGGGCAUUCUUUGGAAGUGUAUAUCGAUGAUGUGGUGAUUAAAUCCCCAGAAGAGGGAAACCACAUACGAAAUCUAAGGAGGGCAUUCCUAAGAAUGAGGCAGCAUAAACUAAAGAUGAACCCAAAGAAAUGUGUUUUUGGAGUUCAAGCAGGAAAUUUCCUAGGAUUCUUGGUCCACCAGAGGGGCAUAGAAAUCGACAAGAACAAAGCAAAGUCCAUCAUAGAAGCUCUACCGCCUAGGAACAAGAAAGAGUUGCAGAGUCUCUUAGGAAAAAUUAAUUUUCUAAGGAGAUUCAUAUCCAACUCUGCAGGGAAGAUCCAGCCUUUCUCCUCUUUAUUAAAACUGAAACAGGAACAGACGUUCAAGUGGGAAGAACAACACCAACAAGCUUUUGAGGAAAUCAAGCAUUACCUCUCAAAUCCACCAGUUCGGUCCCCACCAAAGAGAGGCAGACCACUCAAGCCCUAUGUAUCUGCAUCAGAGGAAGCAAAGGAACAGGCAGUCUACUACCUGAGCAGAACUCUGACAGAGGUGGAAAGAAAAUAUUCUGCAAUUGAAAGACUUUGCCUAGCCUUGUACUUCACUGCUGUGAAACUCAGACACUACAUGCUGCCAUAUACCAUAUACAUCAUUGCCAAGACAGAUCUGAUCAAGUACAUGCUAAUAAGACCAAUGCUGAGAGGCAGGAUUGGAAAAUGGACUCUGGCCUUGACAGAAUUUGCCUUCAGAUAUGUUCCCCAGAAAGCUGUCAAGGGACAAGAAGUGGUAGACUUCCUAGCAGACCAUCCAGGAGAAGAAAUUGAAAAUAUGGACUCUUUGGAUAUAGCAAGUGCAGAUCUAUUGACAAGAGCUCAUACCUGCCUAAACAAUCCUAUCUAUUCAGUUCAUCUCACACCUUGGAAGCUAUACUUUGAUGGGUCAAAGACUACAUAG